GACAGUGGAGAGCGCUUGAGAACGACCGUAUAGCAGCUUUUCAAAUAGAAACAAGUUAUCCUAACGAUUUUCCGGUAGUUAGUGAAAACGGGUUAGUGCCAAAAUAAUUGCUUAAUUUCUAUAGUUUUGUGUGAAAUACGUGACAUUUAAUAGCACUGGAUUGUUGUUCCAAUUAAAAAUUAAAACAACUCAUUGGAUAUAUGGAUGUUUAAGACAAUAACAUGAAGCCCAUCUGGUGGAUAUGACGAGGAAAUUUUUGUUUUGUUUCCCUCUGCGGGCGGGGAAUAUAAUAUUUGGAUACAUCGUCAUAUUAAUAUCGGUGGCUGUGAUAGCGUACAACUUGUAUCAACUCGGGCUGACUCUGGUGUCCGAAGACUACGAGAACAAUGAGAAGUUUCGCAAUUUCGAAAACGUAGAAAAGAUAUUCGGCGAAUCAAAGGGAAGUUUGGUGAGGACCAUCACCAUGGCGUACUGCGCAUCGUAUAUUAUUAUUGGGACGCUACUUCUGCUGUUCGCGUCGUUCCUCACAUGCGGUGCUUAUAAGGCGAACCACUGUUUGGUGUCAACGUUCUUUGGGUAUAGCUUCCUCCACUUGUUUUUGACCAUUGGACUGGUGGUGUGGGAGACGCUGUCUGCUGGCUGGAUCCAGCUUGGACUUGUUGUUGCAUCUGAUUUUCUUCUGGUAGUUUGCCUGUUCAGCGUAAAGUAUCUGAUGGAAGCAAUACGUACUGGCCAUAUCUACAGCAGGCCGGGAGAAGUGCUAUACAAAUAUUAGUUCUAGUUCAUAAGCAUAAAAAAUACACUAAGCAGAAAUACUUAUUAUUAGUUUAGUUACAAUAAUAUUUUACAAUUGUGAAGCAGUUUUUUUUUAUAAAAACCAAACUAGUUUUAUUAUUUUUAAAGUCCUAACAGUCUCAUCUCUCAAAAAUAAUGAAAGAAAAGUCACUGUUGUAUUUUCGUGGAAUUAUAAAUUAUAUAAUGUGUACUUUCUAAAUUAUUUUAAUAUAAUUUAUUAAGUUUUUGCAAAUUGAUUUAAAUAUAUUUUAUAAGUACUUUUAACAUUCCAUCCAAAUACUGUGUCACUAUAUAAAAAUACCUGUAAAUUGUUUAUAAACAUAAUUUAUAUUCAUCACUAUAACAGAACCACAACCUUUCGCAAUUCGUGCCACUGUAUAAGCAUAUUUGCUUUAAGAUAUUUAUCAGUAUAGGUAUAGGUAUUUUAAUAUUAAAGGAGUUGUUAUG